AUGACGACCGGUGCACCUACUUCUGUACGGGACUCGACCACGUCCAGCCCCAUGCUGCAACGUCCGCUGAGCUCGAGGUACGGGCCUGCCAAUGGUGCAACCUCCAUCGCGGGCUCGUCUGGCGGGCAGCACGCUGGUGUGACCGCUCUUCAAGCUGGCCGUGGUACGACCGAAUCGAGGAGCAAGUCGAUCCCUAUGGCUCAACUCGAUGGUUCGAACUCUCACACGCAGCAGAUUUCCCCACAUCACUACACUCGUACCCUUCGUGAGACCCACCUCGAAUAGAUCCCCUCCCCUCUCCUGCUCACACCCACCAGCUCCCGACCGACGCGACGAUCCUCAGCGAGGCGGAGCUCGUCGGGGCCAAGCACGACCACAAGGAUUCCGCAACCGACGUUCGCAAAGAGGACCAAAAGCACGAGUUUGAAGAGGUCGAGCGCGAGCGAGCUGGGAGCACUUGUUUCACAACGUCCAACUAGAUGUCCAGCCCCUCGAGGACAAGGUGCACCUCCCAGAGAUCGACCACGAGACGGCGAAUGAGCCAACGCAAUUUUUGGUCGGUGCUUUGAUAGUGGCCGCCAGAUGUCCAGCUUGGACUCGACUGACUGGUACUUGAUCGUACUCACUGUUCAUAGCGCGCUACAUCAACACCCCGGACGAUGUCGAGAUGCUUCGUCGCCUGGCUCAAGCCGAGAGGGACGAGUACGUCAAGCGUCAUGCCGAGCCCGAAGUCAUCGACCGCGGCAAAAAAGGGUCAGUACAAGAACAGCUGAAUAAAGUGCUGAAGUUGGUGAAGUGGGUCGAGCCCUAAAUUUACUGACUCGCCUGUCUAGUCACGACCAACGUUCAACACUUUGUGCACCACGUCGUCUUGCCUCGCAUCGAAAAGACCACGCACCACGUCAGGUCCAGAUGAGCAGCACCCCUUGGACAUACCCAAAUUGACAAACCCGUCCCACUCGGCCCAGAUCUACCACACCAAGAUCCCGAUCUAUGCACAGGUCGAACAAGCUCCCACCAUCCAUCAGACCGUCAAACAUCAAAUAAGGCUGCUCAGCGAGUUGAAUUCUAGCUCUCCCAGUCUUGCCUCUCACCUCCCGUCGAAAACGACGGUGUGCCGAUCAGCUGACAAUCCGGCACACGCCCCACUUUGGCGCACCUUCUUGGUGGAUGGCGGCAAUCUCACCAGCAAUCUGACUCACAACAUGGAGAGUAUACUUCACAGCGAUGAACAAUCGUGCGAAUGCGUCGCCGAUGGACCAGUACCAGAGUCGAUUCAGAUGUACCACCCGAGGCGGUCGGGGCAUCGACGACCCCUGAGACGACCGGACGACCAGCACAAAACGGCAAGCAUCUGA